CACAGUGAGAAAGAAAAAGAUAGGAAGAAGAAGAGAGGAGUAGACAAAUAAAAAAUAGAAGAAAAGAAACGUUUUUUAAAGUGAUUCAUCGUACGAUGACUACGAUGGUCAAACGAGAUAGAUUGAAAUCGAGGAAGAUCUACGAUCCAACGUAUCAACGAUUUGUCAUCAUCGAUUUGUUGUAUAUCAAAAAUUUGUCAAAUUAAAAAGAGAGUGUGUAUGUGUGUUUUAAGUGCGUACAGCUUGGUAUCGAUAUUCGAAUUAAGAGAAAGUUGACUACUCUGUUUUACUUACAGAUUGAGUGAUAUUUUUUUUCUCUCGUCGUUGUUGUUGUUUUUUAUUUCCAUUGAUUGAAUUUAUUUUCUUUUUUACGAACAAUUUUUUAUUCAAAUAUUUUUUUGGCGAGGAUGGAUGAAGGUGGGAGAGAAAGAUUUUGUUUAGAAAAUAGUUCGAAAAGUGAAGUGAAGUGUUACCUUCUUCGAUGAACGUCGUAGACAGGAAGGAUCAAUUUAAAAAGGUCUCCGUUUAUUUAACCUGACCGAUAUUGGAUUUAGUCGAACGAUAUACGAGGUGGCAUUGAAUCGUUUGAAUCGUUUUAAACCAAUGUAGCGAAAUGUUCAAACGGUGGAACAUCAUCGUUAUGGCUGUUGGCCUCUUAAUAGGUGUUGGAUGUCAAUUAAGCGAAAAUACACCACCCUUUAUGUAUUUGGAAAGAAAUUGGGUUCUUCCCGAUUCGGAACCUGUUGGUAGUGUUGUAACUAGAGUACGUGCUGAGGAUAAUGAACAGGACGAAUUAACCUAUGGACUCGAACCACUUGGACAUAAUUACAAUGGUGACGAUAGUCCUCAACCACCACUGCCAUUUUAUAUAGACAAUAGUACUGGAACUGUUUAUCUUAAUGAAACUCUCAAAGGAAGAGGAGGACAGAACCUGUUCCUUUACGUGACCGUUUCCGACGGUCAACUUACGGCAAAGGCCGAGGUUUACGUUAACAUUAGAAGUACAUCAGCACCUAGCGGUGGACACACCUGGACACCAUUUCCAAAUCAACAUGGUUCAGGUGGACGAAUCAGGCCACCGAUAAUACCGAUUCAUAAUUUACCAUCAUAUCCAAGACCAUCUAUACCUCAUCAACAAGCAUCAAUAAAUUCACCGUCUACUUCAACGACCGGUUCGAAAACAACGAAAUUACAACUAUCGGAAGGUGGCAAAUCUGCUAGAGAAGAAAAUCCUUUGAAGUCACCUAAAUUGUCGCAAGAUUUUAUCGAUAGCAAUGAAAUUGAAGUAGCAACGUUAAGUUCCAAGGUUGCACCUAAGGAAGCAUUGCCUUCAAACGAGAUCUUGAUGACUUUGUUACCGAUCGGAGCGGUUUUUGUUCUUGUUCUUGGUCUUGGUGUUAGUGCAUGGUCUUGCAGGAGUAAAAUGUGUGCCAGCAAAAAGUCCAAGGAAGAUACGAAAGAACAGGCUUCAGUGAGCGUGUCGAAUAUAUCCGACGAUCCAUCACUGGUUUUGAAACGUUGGAGAGGCCCGAAGGCUCACAAUAAUAGAUACGAGGCGUGGGAGAAGGAAAAUCAAGGUGGUAUUCUGAACAAGCAGGACGACAAGUGGGAGUUUCCCAGACAUAGAUUGAAGGUUUUCAAUAUCCUUGGAGAAGGAUGUUUCGGUCAAGUUUGGAAAUGUGAAGCUUUGGACAUCGAUGGUAAAGCUGGUGCCACUGUUGUUGCAGUAAAAACAUUAAAAGAAAAUGCAACUGAAAGAGAACGAUUAGAUUUAGCACAAGAAUUAAGAGUAAUGAAGAGUUUGGAACCUCAUCCUAAUGUUGUCAGAUUACUUGGAUGUUGUACAGAAAGAGAACCCAUGUUUGUUAUUCUGGAAUACGUUAGUGGUGGAAAAUUACAAAGUUUUCUACGAGCAUCGAGGGAAGAAAGGAAUCAUGGAAGACCUGGCCUAACUUCGAGAGAUCUUACUGGAUUCGUUUAUCAAAUCGCUAAAGGAAUGGAACACUUGACAUCGAAAGGUAUAAUUCACAGAGAUUUAGCUGCUCGUAAUGUUUUAAUAGACGAGAAUCGUGCUUGCAAAGUUGCCGAUUUUGGUUUCGCAAGAGACAUGGCUGCCAAUGAGAUUUAUGAAAGAAAAUCGGAAGGAAGAUUACCGAUAAGAUGGAUGGCUCCUGAAAGCUUGUACGAUAAUAUAUUUUCCGUUAAAUCAGAUAUAUGGAGCUUCGGUGUUCUCAUAUGGGAAAUUGUAACGUUAGGGUCUACACCAUAUCCUGGUUUAGCAGCAGCUGAGGUUAUGAGGAGAAUCAAAGAAGGAUACAGAUUGGAUAGACCCGAACACUGCAAACGUGAACUGUAUAAUAUUAUGUAUUAUUGUUGGGACAAGGAUCCAGCAUGUAGGCCAUCCUUUACUGAACUUGUUAGUUUGGCAGAAGGACUAUUACUUGAUGAAACCGAUUACAUUGAAUUAGACAGGUUUCCUGAUCAUUCUUAUUACAAUGUGCUUAAUCUCAGUGGUGAAAAACUUUAAAUGAAAUCAAAUGAUUAUUAACUUUAAAAAAAUGAUUAUUUUUUCCCAUUUCUUUUUUCAUUUUUCUACGUAGUGUCAAUUUAUUAAUAUUAUUUUUUUUAUUCUUUUAUAAUAUUCGUACGAAUGUAAAUAUCUCAGGAUUUUACUUUUACGUACAUCUAACGUUAUAUUCAUUUUUAUUCAAUUUGUUUUUUCAUAGUUUUUGGAUCCGAUUAUUAAAAAUAAUUUGUAAAAAUGUAAUUGUUGAUUUUAUAUUUAACAUUCGAAUAUUAUCGCAUUGUUUAUCUACAUGUUCGAACGGAUUUGACAAAUCCUAUUUGCUAAUUGUGAUAAAAAAAAAUUAUAAUUGAAAUUUAUUCUAAAAUUUCUACGUACG